AUGGCAUCCUCAAUACCAUCAGCUUCGACCAAUGGUUUUCAAAAUGCCUCUUCGUAUGACAAACAUCGACCCUCCUACCCUCCUGAAGCCGUGACUCGUUUCCUCGAGCGCCUUCAAGUCAACGGAGUAAAGAGAGCCCGUAUUGUUGAUCUUGCAGCAGGUACGGGCAAAUUUACGGAGUUGCUAGUGGGUAGGAACGAGGAUUUUGAGAUUCUUGCUGUCGAACCUCAUAAUGACAUGAGGAAAGAAUUGGAGAAGAAGGGGUUGAUGGGUGUGAAGGUUCUAGAAGGCGAGGCUAGUAGUAUGGCGGGAGUGGAAAGCCAGAGCGUUGAUGCUGUGAUUGCUGCUCAGGUGCGACCAUUGACUUCUACGACACGGCCGACAUGGGCUUGA